AUGGCCCGCCAACGUGGAGGUUCAGCCCCUCGCCGCCCCGCGGCCGCCCCAGCGCGACCCGCGCCUGCGCCCGCAACCCAGCGCCACUCAUCAACCGCCGCCGCUCCCCAGCAAAAGGCCGCUCCCCCCGCGCCAAUGCAGCAGCAAGCAGCAGGCCCCACGCCCCAGGGCCCCGGACUCUUCGGCCAGAUGGCCAGCACCGCUGCCGGUGUCGCAGUAGGCUCCUCAAUCGGCCACGCGGUCGGCGGCUGGUUCGGCGGCUCAUCCGCACCUGCUGAGGCGUCGCCCCAAUCUACCGACUUCUCGCAGCAGCAUCAGGAGACUUCGUCGAUGGCGCAGGGUGGCGCGUGUGCGACGGAUGUGGGUAACUUCCGCAGGUGCAUGGAUGAGAACCAGGGCAAUUUGACGAUCUGCGGGUGGUACCUUGAUCAGCUUAAGGCGUGUCAGGCGGCGGCUGGGCAGUACUAG